AUGCCACCAAAGGCCGCUGAGAAGAAGCCCUCCACUGCUGGCAAAGCCCCAGCUGGCAAAGCUCCUGAGAAGAAGGAGGCCGGCAAAAAGACCACUGCUGCUGGUGGUGAGAAGAAAAAGCGAUCCAAGACCAGAAAAGAGACCUACUCCUCCUACAUCUACAAAGUCCUCAAGCAAGUCCACCCAGAUACUGGUAUCUCAAACCGCGCCAUGUCCAUCCUCAAUUCUUUCGUCAAUGAUAUCUUUGAGCGUGUCGCCACUGAAGCCUCCAAGCUUGCUGCAUACAACAAGAAAUCCACCAUUUCUUCCCGAGAAAUUCAGACUUCCGUGAGACUCAUCCUGCCAGGUGAACUUGCCAAGCAUGCCGUCUCUGAAGGCACAAAGGCUGUCACCAAGUACUCCUCGUCCGCCAAAUAA